GUAUUGGCAGGUUUUCUGAAAGUAUUUUGGAGUACAUUGCUAAUGUUGAGAAUGCACCAUACCAAGACAUUACUAUAGACAGAUUCUUUGGUGAGAUCUACUCGGCAUAUGAUGUGCUGUUCAAUGUUUGGCUUAAGUCAAAUGAACCAAAGAUUCGUACAGCAGUAAUAACUGCUAUUGGUCACAUGACCCACAUCAUGUCACAUGACAAGUUAGAGGAACAGUUGCCAAAGCUAUUACCAGGCAUUACCAAUCUGUACAAGAAACAUAGUGACCAUUAUUUCAUUACUCAGGGAUUGUGUUCUGUCCUUGAUGCAGCCUGCAGUGAAGGUAGUGCUAUUCUUGCACCUCAUCUUGAUGCUCUACUGAACGGCUUACACACCAUGGCUUGCAGUACUCCAGACUAUAACAACCCAGGAACAAUCAAAAACCAUAAUGAACUACUUAGGUGUUUUUCUGUAUUAACUCGUAAUUACUCUGACCGUGUCUUAGCUUUUCUCCUGGCCAAGCUUGAAGCUAAUAAUGAGAAAAUUAGGAUUGGAACCCUUCUUAUCAUGAAACAUCUAAUCAACAGUUCUGGUACGUAUCUUGAAAAUAAGGAGGAUUUGAUUGUAUCAGGGGUGCAGAUUCUGUUGGCAGACCACAACCUAAAGGUUCAGAGAGCUUUUGCGCAGGCCAUCACUGCCAUGGCACACCACAGGUACCUGGAGUUAGAAGGAGGAAACAAACUAUUGGAGUUUAUCAUCAGACAGUGUGCUCGUCCUGACGACAAUGAUGAGAAACGUCGUCCUACAGACCCAGACCCAGUCUCCUCACGAUCUUUACGUUUGAUGUGCUCAAAUAUCCUUCACUUACUCACGACUACAGUCGAUGUCAUGGAAGGGGUCCUUUGGCCCAGCCUUCUCGAGUUCUUGGUCCCAGAGCCUUUCACUAAUGCUGUGUCCGUACUAUGUAAGAGCCUGUGUUAUAUUGCUGCAAAGAAAAGAGAACAGGAGGGGGAUGACUACAACAUUGAUUUUGAAAACCAAACAAAUGUUCCUAAACCACCAGCAAUAAUUGCACGAUUGAUGAUCAUGUGUGGUCACCCUUUGGAAGGAGGUGGGCGUGGCAUUCACGUGCUCAAGCUGUUGAUGGCUUUGGCACCCAUUUUACAGAAAGAUUUGGUGGAAAUGUGGGAUACAGUGAUCCCUAAGCUUCUACAGUACCUUGAAGAAAACUCCGAAUCGCCUGAAAGUUGGAAUCAGAAAGCUUGGGAAGAUUUGGCAUUAAAGCUUUUGUCUAAAAGUCUUGAUGAAGUGGAGUCUGAGGAAUGGGCAUGCGCAGUUGGUACAGAAAUUGGCAACCAGGUUGUCUUGUACAAUAAUCUACCACACAACAAGAAUUUCUCGUACAAAUGUCUUGGCAUCGUCUUACGCAAAGUAAAGAACAAAGAAUUUCUGCAGACACAGCUGAACUUGAUGUUUACUACCAUAAAACACGCAAGUCAGGUGGAGAGAGAGGGUUGUGCGAUUGGAGUAGGUUUCUGUGCUGCCACCAAUCUGGACUCGGUGUUGAUCAAGCUAGAGCAUGUGUCCAAGACAGAUAUGGUUCGCAAAUCUGGAGGAAUCCUGGGAUUUAUGAAGGAUAAAACAGACAUAAACGUAGAGCGUGUGAAGAGUACAGUGAUGUUGUGCUAUGGCUAUGCAACGCUGUAUGGUCCCCCCAGCUUGAUUACAUCCCGUUUAGAAGCCAACAUAUUCAGAGUUAUGAUCAAGCAUUUUGGCAAUGUUAAGGAUACCAGUGUAAAGCAGAACCUAAUACGAGCCGUGGAACUUAUUGGGAAGGCCUUAGACCCCAGUCGACUACAGCAAGCUGACUUUGUCUUCAGUAGGCGGGCUGAGCUUGUCAAUCAUAUGUUGGCAUACAUCAAAGCAGAACCAGCUACACACAUCACAACCGAGACACGAGCCCUGGCUAUGGAUGCGUGUGCAAGCCUAGUUAAGCUCAAUCCUCGUAUGACAGAUGCUGAAGUGUUCGACAUGGUCAAGACUAGUGGUGACUUCGUGUUCCCGAUCGUCCUGGAUCAGCCGUCAUCACCGGCUACGAAACAGAAGGUCGAAGAUAUUCAGCAUGACAAGGAACCCAGUGAACUUCUGUCACAAGCUCUGAAAAGUCUUGAUAAUCUGAUGAAGGAGAUUUUACUAAGAGACCCAGUGCCGCAAACAUUUAUUAAUAUAUUCAAGCAUAUCGAGAGUCCAUGGUUAAACUCGAUACAGGAUCACGAAAGAGAACGAGCCAUGACAUGCACCUUCCACUUGGUCGAAGUGUUUAAAGAGGGAAUGAUGGUUUCUGCUGACGGGAAAACCACAUCGUUUAGUGACGUUGGUCUUGUGAUAGCCCGCGUGGUACCUCGCUGUACCGACCCCUUGGUUCCCGUCAGACAAACUGCCAUUGACACCACACAAGCAGUUUUGAGGAUUUCUGCGAGAUACCAGGGGUAUUCUAUGGACAGUAAAGACGAACUAAUCGACGCACUGUCCAUUCUCAAGCAAAGGGUGCUAGAGGAUGACGCUAAUGUGCUUUUCAGCGUUGCAAGUGACUUGUCGAARGUUAUUGCUAAAAAGCUCCUGAGUGAUCAUCUAUCCGGGUUUGUCUUCGCAUUAAUGGAUGGUCUAUCAGACAGCCAAUCACAUAGCUCUAGUGGAGCAUGCGUGGUUCUUAAUAGUAUUAUCAGAAUACGAGGACAAGAAUUAAGAAAAGAGGUUACUCGCCUAGUGAUUGGUCUGCAUGAGAAGCUCUGUAUCAUAUAUCACGCACAAACUCGUACCGGAACUCUCCGCUCUAUGAGAACUUUAGCUUCACAUCAUCUUGCUCCUGUCAUAACUGCUUUGCUGGAUUUCCCCCUACCUCUUGAUCACCACGUAGUUGAAAUAUGGAAGACCCUUGCAGGAGACCCAAGCCUUGCCCUAAGCAUCUUUGACUACAUGAUGGACAUGCUGGUCAGGACUUUGCCGUACAACGAAAAACCAAACCCAAAGAACAAGAAAGAAAUGAUAAGAAUAGCAGCUUUACAACCAGUUGCUAUCACAUGUGGGCUAAGCGAAAUGUUUCAAGCAGAAGAGACAACAGAGCUCGCUAUUGAACACUUUCACCGAUUGUUUUCCAUGGCUGUUCUGAGACUGGGAACAUGUGUUGAUCUCCAUCCACCAGAACCAUCUGCAAAGGAUAAAAAAGACAAGACAAAACAUCCCAACAUCAGUCCCCUUAGCACUGCGCUUGAAUUAAUCAAAUCAUUGCUGAUACGAUGCCAGUAUGAAAAACUUCUGGAAUUUAUUGAAAAAGAAAACGUGUGGAAGUGCUUUAACGAGGAGAAAAAGUUUCCCGAGGGGGUGACCCUUCUUGCUCGUGGUAUUUGUGCUACGACACCGCAACACGUUGCAAAAGUAGCCACCACCUUACAGUCUUCAUUCUGUAGCAUGUACGAUGCUCAGAGGAUCGUUAUUUCUGCUUUUUUCUCUGAGUUGAUUGAUCAGCGAUGCGGAGGUAACGUGGAACUAGUGGAUGUACUCUUGGCUAGUCUCCUUGGACGGCUUGUCGACACAUCUCAAGUAGUUCGUCAAUAUUGUAUUCGAGGUCUUGGUAAUGUGUCCAGUGCUGGAGACAACAAGGUUGAGCAGCAUUCCACAACAAUACUGUCCGCCAUGAUGGCAGGAAUGGACGACAAAGAUGACCCUGAAGAUGAAAUCACCCUGGAAUCAAUGUCUGGUCUGUCUAAAGUACUGGCCAAGCUAGAUGAGAACAAUGUCAGACAGAUCCUCAUUAAUAUAUGUCUGCGUGUCAGGCCUUGCUUUGAGAAGGAUAAAGCAGCAGUGCGAGCAGCAGCAUUCAUCUUGUUUGGCAAGCUGGCCCGGUUUGGUGAUGGUCCAUCAAAGACCCCAUUUCUAGAACAGAUCCACACCAACUUCAUUAGCGUCUUGCUGCAUCUGAACGAAGAAAAAGAAGUUGCUAAGGGAUGCAAGGAAUGCCUGCGGUCUAUUGGCCCGUUGAUGGGGUCAGAACAAAUCAACGCCAUGUUCCAGAAGCAUCUGAUAGAAGAGGGAAAUCUUCACUAUGGGGAGUUCACAAACGAUCUCUCUCGACUGAUAAUCGCUGAUUUUCCUGACAAAGUGAACUUCUACGUUAUGGGCUGUGUGUCCUUCUUCAAGAGUAGCAGAGAUGAUAUCAAAGCUAGCGCUGCUAUCUUCGUAGGUUUUCUUCUCGGCAACCUCCCAGUGGAUAACCGAGAUGAUAUAUCAAAAGACCACGUUUGUGGAGCCCUUGUAAUGUUACUAAAGGAUCCCUCGACCAAGGUUCGCUGUAAAGCCGCUGAAGCUAUGAGCCUGCUGUACGAUUACUAACCAAAGAGAAUGGCGCACUCUUUCACGUGAUCGAUGAUUAUACAUAUAUCUGUGAUAGAAUUUGGGCUAUAGGCACGUGAAAUCUAGUCAAAUUCAGCGGGGGAGGGGUGGGUUAGAACUAAAAAUUCACAUCAAAAAUCGCCAAUGAACGAAUGAAAAAUAAGAUAAAUGAAUAUGGAAUAGAAAAUAGUAGACUUUGCAAAUUAAUCAUGGAUGGAGAUAAUGAACAAAGGAAUUAUUCGUUUGCACGUUACGUCAUCGCGGCCAUGUUGGUACAUUUAACAAAAGAUUUCUCAUUAGCAUCCAUUGUUAACGAUACCACAAUGGCCGCCAUGUUUUUGUCUUUUAACUCUCUUGGGAAUGCUUGCAACCCAUCAAUAACUAUACUGGCGGAUCGGGUGAUAAUUGGCGAGAGGAUAAGAAUUGGUCCAAAAAGCCAGUUGGCCGAAAGCGAAGCACGUCGGAAUGUAGUUCAAUUUAGUAGGGCAAAACAAUAGGUUUUCAAUUCUCAUGAGCCUUGAAAUACUUUUGUUUUGUCCUCCAAAUUGAGCUGCUUUGACGUCACAUCAAGGGACUAAUGCUUCACUGACAAACAGUGUUGUUGUUGCGUUGUGUGUGCGUGCGUGCGGGCCAUUCAUUUACCACAAGCCAAUAUUUAUGCUUAAACCAUAACGCCUAAGCAAAAGAAAUCGCAAAGUUGAAUAUUCAACCUAGAAAUACAAUCACAAACCGCAACAACGUUCAAACCUCACAAGUUAAAAUUUUCCGUCAUGUUAAUUUUCUGAUCACCCUUUUUCGCCAUUAGCCUGAGAAAACAGAAGUUCUUUCGCUCCCCCGUAUUCCAGCGAAAGUAAUUUCGAGGUAAUUUCUGUUUUCUUGGACUAUUUCUCCAUCUAAACGUAAAGAAUUUAAGAGUGCAAGUAUCAUGCUAAUUAUAAAAACCCUUUGAGAAGGUCUCUAAAAUAUAUCUUUUAACCUAAAUUCUAUUACUAGAGUGCAAACAAUAUAACCGUGAAACUUUAGUAAUACUAAAUAGCACAAUUUCAUGCAAAUUCCAUUGUUUUAUAUUGUUUAAUUAGCACUAAUUUGUACUAUUUAGUAAUUAGUGUUUCACGGAUUAAUUGUUUGCACUCUAAUUAAUAAUAGAUUACUAAUGAUUAUAAGUUGUUCAGUACCCACGUUUUUUAAGGGAAUUUAUCAAAAAAAGAAAUUACAAAUUUAGGAAUGCAAGGGAAACAAAUGAAUAAAAACAAAAGAAUAAUUCCAAUUACUCCCAUUUCUCCUUUAAUUUUUUCCGCUCUUUAUGGGCUAUAUUAAUUCGCCCAUAAAUGUAAGCACUUUUGCCUUUUACAUUUUGCAUACACUUAUUUCAAUAAAGUUAGUCACCUGAAAAGGUAUAAAGCUGAGGCCGACAAGGAUUAUGGGUAGAUUCAUCUUACACGUUCAACCGCUUGAUAACUGUUCAUGGACUUGCAAACCUUUUAGCGGUUACAGUCUCGCCUCUUCUGAGCAUCAUCGAGCUGCGGUUUGUAUUAAAAAAGCUUUGUAUAUAUAUGCUUUUUUAAUAUGAAAAAUUUCCCAUGAUGCUCAGUGAUCUCAGCUUUCUAGGUUUUUGAUGACUAACUUUAUUGAAAUAAGUGCAUAUUAGUUUUUUCUACGAGCCAAAUCGAGAGUCAAAAACAAGUUUGUGCUUUACUCAAAAUCGAUCACUCAGUAUUUGUUGAUUCUAUCAUAUUUUGUUGUCCAAUAUCCUAGUUUUUCGUGUUGGUUUACGCUUUUCUGGUUCUCAUCGAUCGGGAUCGCAUAUAAUUCUAGUUCAACUGAUUUCAAUGUUUCUUGUUUAUCAUUGCCUUAGAAACAUCGACUCCGCAUCAAUGUUAAGGCAGUCUUACUUUCCUUGCAAAAAAAAAGAGACGCUUGAAGAAGUAAUAACUUGCCAUUUCAUUUCACCUGUCAACAUAACACUAAACGAAAAAAAUAUUAUUAAUACUGCAUUGUUUUCCUAUCUAUUGUACUUUCCAAAUAACAUAUUAAAAAAGCUUUAUGAAUAUAA